AUGGCUGUGCCACCAUUCCUCAACGCUUCAAUUAGUUAUGAAUUCACCUAUGAUGUGUUCCUCAGUUUCAGAGGCUCUGAUACUCGCUACGGUUUCAUUGGCAAUCUCUACAAAGCUCUUCAUGACAGAGGAAUCCGAACCUUUAUUGAUGAUGAGGAGCUUCAGAGAGGGGAAGAAAUCACACCAGCACUUGUCAAGGCCAUUGAAGAGUCAAGGAUUGCCAUUCCUGUCUUCUCCAAUAACUAUGCUGCUUCUUCUUUUUGCUUAGAUGAACUUGUCAACAUCAUUCAUAGCUUUCAAGCAAAGGGUAGGUUGGUUUUGCCCGUUUUUUACCAUGUGGAUCCUUCCCACGUGCGGCAUCAGAGAGGGACUUAUGGUGAAGCAUUGGCUAGGCAGGAACUGAAGUUCAAGAACAACAUGGAAAAGGUGCAGAAUUGGCGAAUGGCUCUUCGCCAAGUGGCUAACUUGUCUGGCUGGCAUUUCAAACACGGGGAUGGAUAUGAACAUGAGUUUAUCGAGAAGAUAGUUAAAGAUGUCUCAAGAAUGAUUAAACAUGUUGCUUUUCCGAUUGCUGAUUACCCAGUUGGAUUGGACUCCCACGUGAAAAAUGUAAUUUCGCUUCUGGAAGUUGGUUUAGAUGAUAGAGUCCAUGUGGUUGGUAUCCAUGGAAUUGGAGGAAUAGGUAAAACUACACUUGCUGUAGCAGUUUAUAAUUUCAUUGCUGACUGUUUUCGAGGCUUAUGUUUUCUUCCAAGUGUUAGAGAAAAAUCAAACAAACACGGGUUAGUACAUCUCCAAAAGAUCCUUCUUUCAGAAUUACUUGGAGAGAAUGAAAUUGAGUUGGCAAGUGUUAGACAAGGAAUUUCAAUAAUACGACAUAGGCUCCAAGGGAAGAAGGUUCUUUUGAUUCUAGAUGAUGUUGACAAUCUACAACAAUUGGAGGCCAUGGUUGGAGGAUUUGAUUGGUUUGGUUCUGGAAGCAGGGUUAUUAUUACAACUCGGGACAAACACUUGUUAGCAAGACAUGGUGUUACCAGAACAUAUCAAUUAAAGGAGUUAAGUAAGAGAGAUGCUCUUCAAUUGCUUUGUUGGAAGGCUUUUAAAACAGAAAAAGUUGAUCCAGAUUACAUGGAUGUCUUGAACCGUGCAGUAGCUUAUGCUGCUGGACUUCCAUUGGCAUUGGUAGUAAUAGGUUCCAAUUUGUUUGGAAAAAGUAUAGAAGAAUGGCAAUCUGCAUUAGAUGGGUAUAAAAGGAUUCCUGAUAAACAGAUCCAAAAGAUACUCAAAGUAAGCUUUGAUGCUUUGAAGGAAGAUGAACAGUGUGUUUUUCUUGAUAUUGCUUGUUGCUUCAAAGGAUAUCGAUUGGCUGAGAUUGAAGAUAUACUCUAUGCUCAUCAUGGUAGCUGCAUGAAAUAUCAAAUUGGAGUGUUGCUUGAAAAAUCUCUCAUAAACCUUAGUUCAAAUGAUAAGGUGACAUUACAUGAUUUGAUAGAGGACAUGGGUAAAGAAAUUGUCCGACAAGAAUCACCAAUGGAGCCUGGGAAACGCAGUAGGUUAUGGUUUCCAAAGGAUAUAGUUCAUGUUUUGGAAGAAAAUACGGGAACUAGUAACAUUGAAAUCAUACAUCUGAAUUUCCCCUUUUUUGAAGAAGUAGUAGUAGAUUGGGAUGGAGAAGCCUUCAAGAAGAUGAAAAACCUCAAAACACUUAUUAUUAAAAUAGGCUGUUUUUCCAAGGGUCCCAAACAUCUUCCAAAUAGUUUAAGAUUACUGGAGUGGUGGAGAUAUCCUUCACAAGAUUUACCAUUUGAUUUUUAUCCAAAGGAACUUGCCACAUGCAAGUUUCCCUAUGAUCACUUUACAUCAUUCAAGUGGGCUAGCUUUGUGAAUAAGUUCGUGAAUAUAAGGGUUUUAAACUUUGACUCAUGUCAGUGUUUAACUCAGAUAAAUGACUUAUCUGGUCUCCCAAAUUUAGAAGAACUUUCAUUUUAUGGUUGUUAUAAUUUAGUUACAAUUCAUGAUUCAGUUGGCUUACUAAACAGACUUAAAGUCUUGAGAGCUGAAGGUUGCAUGAAGCUUAGGAUUUUUCCACCCCUCAAGUUGGCGUCUCUAGAAAAACUUGAACUUUCAUAUUGUUCAAGUCUAGAAAGAUUUCCAGAAAUAUUAGGAAAGAUGGAAAACAUAACAGAGCUUAUGUUGUUUCAGGUUUCCAUAAAAGAAUUUCCAUUUUCAUUUCGAAAUCUAACUCGGCUUCAGAGACUAACAAUGGAUGCUAUCGAAGAUGUUAAGUUACCAGGUAGCAUUGUCACGAUGCCAGAACUAGCUGUGAUUUCUAUUUUCAUUUUUAAAGGAGAACUAUUGCUAAAACCGGAAGAGGGUAAAGAAAAAGUGAGCUUGAUGAUGUCUUCAAAUGUGACACAUCUUUAUCUCCAAUACACCAACCUGUCAAAUGAAUCUUUGGCAAUAGGUCUCACAUGGUUUGCUAAUGUUAAAGAAUUAGUCAUAUCGUGCAGUAAUUUCACAAUUCUUCCUGAAUGCAUCAAAGAAUGUCACUUUUUACGGAAGCUUAUGUUGAAUGAUUGCUAUUGUCUCGAAGAAAUCCAAGGGAUUCCGCCAAACUUAAAUUAUUUCAAUGCAAUAAACUGCAUAUCCUUGACUUCCUCAUCUAGAAGCAUGUUACUAAAUCAGGAAUUGCAUGAAGCUGGAAACACUGAAUUUUGUUUUCCAGGAGCAAGGAUUCCAGAGUGGUUUGAGCAUCAAAGCAUGGAACCAUCAAUAUCUUUUUGGUUUCGUAACAAAUUUCCUGGCAUAGCUAUCUGCAUUGUUUCUUCCUUGACAUGGGGUGAAUAUGAUAUGGAUGUGAUCAUCAGUGGCAAUGAAUUUUUCUUUACUAUUGAGCAUUCAGUUGUUGACAUUAUGGAACUGGAUCAUACCUAUCUUUUUGAUAUGCAAAUGAAAAAAUUCAAUGAUGAUCCGGUCAAAUCACUUUCAGAAAAUGAAUGGAACCUUGCAACAAUUACAUGUGAGGGUGCAUCCACUAUCGGGAUUCAUGUAUUCAAACAGGAAAGGAGCAAGGGGGAUAUUAGAUUCACCAUUCCUUUUUGA